AUGGCGUUUAACGUGUGUACCUUUCUUCAACUGGCCGUCUUUGUUGCCAUUGUAUUUAAUGUCAACCUACAUCCAGUUUCUGCUGAAUCCAAUGGACAAAGUUCCUCUUCCAGUUCUGGAAAGUCAAUGAAGCUCGAUUUUUGCGAGACAAACUGUACAGAGAAAGACGGAGUGUGGAGCGAGUGCACUGGCGACUGCUUCUGUGUACAUGUUGGCGACAGCAAAGAAGGCCGCUGCAUGCAUGUGAUUAACUGA